AUGGCCAGCUGGAAUGAGACGCAAAAACAGAGCUUCAUUGCGCUCUGGGUAAUGACCCUACUAUUAGGUGCCUACACAAUAAUCUUCGCCGCAUCCCUCUACGCCCUUCUCUCCCGGCGGUUCGGCACCCGGAGCCACUUGUAUCUCGUCCCCGUAACAGUAGUCCUCUACAUCGUUGCGGCAGCGCAGGUCUUCAUCCAGUUUGCGCUCCUCCUGACCACAGCCUUUGCUCCUGGGGCGAACUCGGGGGCACUUGACUUGGACGCGCGGAUUCUCAACACGAAUAAUCUGCUAGAAACAACCACCAGCUUCUUGACUGUCAUAAACAACUUAAUCGCAGACGGUCUGCUGACUGUAACUAAAAUCUUUACCAAGAUUUGGCGUUGUUACAAUGUCAUGGGGCGUAGAUGGACGAUCAUUUCCUGUCCCUCCUUGAUACUGCUGGCCGGAACAGUUGCUGGAUUCACAAGCUCCGGCCUCCUAGCCAAACUGUACCUCAUGACCAAGGACCUGAACCCAGACGCUGCUGUCCUGCCACCUGCGGCCACUGCCGUCUUCCAUCAGCAGGAGAUCAUGGAUGCCAUAUUCUACGGCUGUACCUUUGCUGGUAAUGCCGUUGUAACAGUAUUGAUAGCUUGUAAAAUAUGGAGCACAACAAAACGCUUGAGGAACUCGGCACUACCCAUAGAUACCCGGCCUUAUACCCGUAUAAUUGCUCUGAUCGUCGAGUCGAGUCUGAUGCACUCCUGCUGCCUCCUAUUCGCGGUGCUCUUUACGCUUCAUUUGAGAACUGUCGAAGCCGGCCGAUAUGUUAUCACCAUGGCUGCAGCCGGUAUCUCAGCGGGCGCGGGCCCUACGCUUAUAAUCUUCAUGCUGGCCAUCGGGAAGACGAUAGAGGACGAAACAGGGGGUGCGGGGAGCAAGCUGGUAUUCCUCCGUCCGUCACCGGUCAUCGAUCUCUUGAGGAGCACAAGUGGUAGAAGUCAUACACUCAAGGGCUCUCGAGAGCUGGAUGAUUUCCGUUCCCCAUACUCGUACAAGUGGGAUCGCUCGGAUGUGUGA